AUGUUGUGGAACCUAAAUCUUUUUGUUUCUGACUUUAACAUACAAUACCUGUACGAAAUCGGUCAUAGAGUAUGUGUAACUCAACCACGAGUGACAGGCGCCGUGUCCCUCGCUCACCGUGUGGCUGAAGAACGAGGAGAAGACCUUGGACACAGCGUCGGAUACGCGGCUGGCAUGACUGCAGUACGUACUGUCGACACUGGCAUUGUGUUCAUGACAGAGGGCGUGCUGCUUCGGGAGAUGUUCGCUUCACCGCUUCUCAUGCAGUAUUCCUGCAUAGUUCUCGAUGAGGUGCACGAAAGAUCUCAGAUGACUGACGUGUUAAUGGGACUGCUUAAAAAAAUCAUUAAAAAACGCAAAAACCUUAAACUGGUCAUAUCGUCGGCGACUAUGGACGCGGAGUUUCUCCGAGACUUCUUCAACCUGAACGAUUCACGAGAAAGAGAACGCUCCAGCACAUCUGUCAUCAUGUCCAUGCAGGGACGGGCCCACCCGAUUGACGUGUUUUAUACUGAAGAGCCUGUUCCGGAUUACGUGAAGGCAGCAGUGGAUACUGUGAUCAAGGUUCACGAAAAUGAGCCCUUUGGAGAUAUACUGGUUUUCCUUACUUCCCAGGAAGAAAUCCUAACAGCUCUAGAUACACUCCAAACCUACGCAGAGCAAAACAACGAAAAAAAUAAAUAUCGUAAGCAAUUCCCCAGUGGCGUCCAGGCGGCGAACAUGGCGGUGCUGCCGAUGUACGGCAGUCUGCCUUUUUAUAGACAAAUUAAGGUGUUUCAAGUUGGAGAUCGCAACGUACGGAAGGUUGUGUUGGCGACGAAUAUCGCUGAAACUAGUAUUACUAUACCGGGAAUUUCUUAUGUGGUGGACUGCGGCUUCCACAAGCUGCCGUGUUUCGAGCCGGCGCUGGGCGUGGAGAGCCUGCGCGUGGCGCCCGUGGGCCGCGACGGCGCCGCGCAGCGCGCCGGCCGCGCGGGCAGGACCGCGCCGGGGAAGUGCUACCGAUUGUACACAGAGGUUGAAUACGAGAAGUUACCUUCAAGCGUGCCUCCAGAAAUCGCUCGAAGCGAUCUUUCUGGGGUAUUAUUGCAGUUGAAAGCUCUUGGAAUACAUAACUUAUUAAGGUUUACAUUCCCUACUCCACCGCCCGCGAAAAGCCUUCUCGCCGGUCUAGAAACAUUGUACGCCUUGAAGGCAAUUGACAAAGAUGGCAACUUGACCAAUGACAUUGGUGUUUACAUGGCCGAGUUGCCUUUGAAGCCAAUGUGUGCUAAAAUGCUAUGUAACAGCGGUGACUUCGGUUGUAUAGACGAGGCUUUGUCAAUAGCCGCCAUGUUGCAAGUGGACAGUGUGUUCGCCAAGUCCUCUAGGGGAAAAGAUAACCUCAAUGCAAAGGUGUCAAGAAGGAAUAACUUUGAGGUAGCAGAAGGCGACAUAAUAAUGUACCUGAACAUAAUGGAUGCAUACUUGAAAAUUAAUUCAUCAACUGACGACGAGAGGCGAGCCAAAAAAGCUUGCAAGGAAUGGUGCCAGAGGAUGUUCCUCAACCAUCGGGUUAUGGAGAAGGCUUGUGAAAUUCGAGAAAGUUUAGAAAAAAUUAUAAAAGGCAAAUUCCAGUUGGUGAAUAAAGCCUUUGAGGGGCCGGACUUAGGCACUGCAAAAUGCGAGCGCGUGAUGAAAUGCGUGCUCUCUGGAUUGUUCCCACAAGCCGCCUUCCUUACAAUCGACUCUUCGUACAAGGGCAUUCGGGGCGCCGUGUUGCAUAUAAGUCCUGACAGCUGUUUGUACAACCAACAGCAGCCAAAAUGGGUGGUGUUCGCAAGCGUCCAAAGUACAGGCGACAAAACGUACAUGCGAGAUAUGAUGACUAUCAAGAAGGAGUGGCUCCUGGAAGUGGCCCCACAUUAUUAUAAGGAAAUUUGAAAAUAAAAAAAUAUU